CCGCUCCCGCCCCCCCUGUGCAUCCCCACUGCGGCCAUGGCACUGUACACCGUGACAGAGCAGGAUCUUUAUAGUGACCUGGAGGACAUCGUCGCUGAUGUCGUGGUUCACUGCAGAGAAGAGCACAUGUAUUAUCACCUUUUCUCCAAGAUCUUUAACUUUCUCAACCAUGCAUCACCCGGUCGACUUUCCACGGCGCCGCAAAGACGAUGGGGAGAGUACAAGAAGAAACCUAGUCCAGAUGCCCAUUCUCAAGACACUUCUUCCGAUUCCAGGCGCGUAACCAGAUCGGUUGCCGCUUCUGCUGCUGAAGGCAGCGCCCAGAGGAUGAUCUUGGAUGAGAUGGACCUGGAUGAUGAAGAGGAAGAAGAUGCUGCCAACACUAGCUACAGUACCUCCAGUAACGCACGCGAACCCACCGACGACGAGGGGUCCUUGGUCAGAUACAGGACUCCGGAUUUCUCUGUCUUCCGACACAGAAACGGCUUUAUCGGCCCUGUCUGUGCGUGCGAAGUCAAGCCGGCUCUCUAUAAAGGUGCAGAGGACUCCAACAUGCUUGAAGGGUUACCCCGCGACCACGUCGAUCCCGGUUAUCAGAAACAAGCGAUGUUGACAAUCAACGGCACCAGGACCCAAGCCAACGCUCAGCUUCAGUGUAUCUUUAGCGAAUGCACGGAACUACAGACGCUCAAGUUCAUUUUCACGUGCGGGUUCUACUUUAUGGUGGUUGACGUCACCCGUCCAACCGACAACAACGAGGCGAUACCAGGUGAAUUCACAGAUAUCAACCAGGUCCAUUUCCUCUUCGCCAAAGGUCCGCUGCUCAAGCGUCGACUCGUCCUCAACCCCGUGCUGGUAGACCUGUGGCGUAAUUUCCCUUAAGCGAGGCCUUCGAGGUGCGACGGUGAGGAGUGGAUAGUUCACCGUUAUGAUACACUUUGUGAAUGAU